GAGAGACACAAAGCAAAGGAAAGUUUAUUUUCUUCUUCUUGUUCUUCUUAAAGGGUGGCGUUGUCUGAAGGGUUCUCACAGAGCACGCUAAGCUGAAAACCAGUCAGGCGUCUCUCAACAAGACGGACAAUCAUGAUGUCGCCCGACGACCGAGCCCUCGAGGACCUGUUGUACACCGGUGACCUUGGUGACGCAGCCGAGGGGGCGGAGCUGGGCGGCGGCCCGGCGGGGCUGGAUGACAGCACUGCUGCAGACAAUUCUCAGACUCCGACAGCCGUGUCCAUCCAGGAGCCAAUGAUGUGUGCUGGCUGCGGUGAGCAGGUGUGCGACCGCUUCUUCCUGUUGGCUGCGGGCAGGGUGUGGCACAACACCUGCCUCCGCUGCAGCCAGUGUCAGUGCGAGCUGCAGACACACCCCUCACUUUACUGGAGAGACGGGAACAUCUACUGCCAACAAGACUACUGCAGGCUGUUUGGAGGCGGUCAGUGCGCUCGCUGCUUCCAGCCAAUCCCAGCUUCUGCUUUGGUCAUGAGGUCUGGUGAGCUGACCUUCCAUCCUCACUGCUUCUCCUGCCAGGAGUGUGAUGUGAAACUGAUACCAGGGAACCUGUACUGCAUGGAGGGCCAGAGCCUGUACUGUCAGUCACAUUACCACGGCGACGGGAGCAUCCUGUUGUCACAUGAUCUGCAGCCCAACGCAAAUCUGAGAGAAGCAGCUCAAAAUCAGGUCUCAGGUGAAGGGGAGGAGUCCGUCAGCAGUCCCGAGCCACGACUGGAUGACAGGGUGGUGAGAGGGCGGGCCCGCAGGCGGACCAAGCGAAUCAGGACGUGUUUCCGCAGCGAGCAGCUCAGAGCGCUGGAGUCGUAUUUCGCCCAGAAGCACAACCCGGACGGUAAAGACUGGACCUGCCUCGCUCAUAAGACCGGCCUGCCCAAGAGGGUCCUGCAGGUGUGGUUUCAAAACGCUCGGGCCAAACUGAGACGUUCCCUCAGCGCAGACGACUCUCAGGUCAACUCACCCUCUGCUCCCCCGAGAGGCGUAACCGUGGCGACUGGCUCCCCGUACCCGGCCUGCUCCCCACCUGACCAAUCGCAGCCCUUCCCCACCAGCACCAUUGACCAGCUGCAGCUGUCCCUGCUCACCGCCCCGCUCAGCGACACGCAGACGAAUCCCGCCAUCAACCAGUCCCAUCAGCUGCAGCAGCCCGCCUUCUUCCUGGACUACGAUUCCCAGAGUGCACCAGGCUGUAACUCCUCUCUGGAGGCCUACGAGGACUUUAGAGAUGCAGGAGGAGGAGACGCGGAAGGAGAAGGGGAUCCUGGUAGUUCUUUUAGGCAACAUUACUGCUAGCUGAGGGUCCACGCAGCCCGGCCAGAUGCACCACAGUCCCUCUUCUCCGACCGUCUCCUUCACUGAUGUUGAACUGGAUCUUUCAUUAUUUUCACACAGUUUAACUGUAAAUGUUUGUUUUAGUCUGCUCGGGUUUGUAUUUGCUCUUCUACCACUUAGAGUGACAGAAACUGGACGUUACUUAGUCACCGGUUAAACCCAUCAGCUGAACCGUGACUUCAGGUUUUGGCUGUCCAGUUCAACUGCUUCAGCCGUCUGUUUAAACCUUUCAUCCAUUAUUUGUACCUGCUUGAACAAUUCAUAGGAGCUGAAUGCUUUCACAGCUUUAAGCUUUUUCACCCUUUAAAACUAUUAUCUUACUACUUCAGCCACUGCUUCGAGAUGAUCGUUUCACACAAUUAUCACUUACUUUAGGUUAUUUAAGCAUUAGUUAGUUUAAGGUUAGUUAAGCAUUUGCUAUUAACAUUGAGCACAAAUGGUUAACUAGUCAGCUAGCUUACUUUUACAGCCAGUUUCCUGUUUCCUGUCAGUUUCAUCUCAGCCCACGUCAGCUUUAUGGCUGUAAAUCUCCUUAUGUAUGAAUGUGUCUACUUGUUAUUGGUCUUAGUAGUUGAUAACUAGUUAAUAGUUAAUAAUAACCAGCAUAAUAACAAUGGAACAACAAAAAGCACCUUCCGCAAAACACCUUGAUGAUCUCUUCAAGCACGUUUUAACUCCCGGGCUUUAGCCCCUCUGAUGUUAGGCUACACUUUAUGUACCAGAUACUCGCUUCACACUCGUUCAAUCCUAACAAACGCCAGCUGUAAUCCAGUUUGUUCACUCAGCACUUUGAGAAUCGAUGUUCCUGAGGUUCAGCAGAAGAAAUAAUCUCAGUCCAGAGACACCUUCAGGAAUGAACUUCCUCACUCGGGUUCUGUACGACCUGGUGACCAACGCUUUGAGGCGUUCUCGUGACGUCACAUGAUUGGUGUAUGAUCAGAGCUCUUUCUGUGUGAAUAAACCUUCAGCAUUUCC